AAGAAAGCAAAGAUGGCGGUAACUUUAGUGAAGGUUGCUGGUAAGUUUAUUAUUGGCGGCCUUGCAUUGUAUGGAUUGUCAGAAGUGUUAAGUUCACAAGACGACACAAUAAAACAGCUCUCGAUGAUUGACAGUAAAACUCGUCAAAACAUUCCCGUUAAUUUACCUGAGCUUCCAACAACUACAAAAAUUAGGCAGUCUUGGAAUAGUGGAGUGCAGAGUGUUUUUGGGGGACUGGAGCAAGUACCAGUAGCAGCAUGGGAGUUGGGCAAAAAGGGAGCUUCUAAUGCAAAAGAAUUCAUCAAAGAACAAAUGAAAUAAGGGUUAAAUACCUGCCAUUUGUUGUCAUAAGUUAUGACACUCACAUUAACUAAAUGAAAGAGAGUGAUCAACUUAAAAGACCUUGGAGAUGUUGAUUGAGAGUUGCCUAAGUCCAGCUGCUAUCACAAAAUUCUCAACUCUCGUUUAUGUAUUAAACUGAAGUUUGUUAAGUGUGUCCUAUGUAAACUUUUGUAGUUACUGGUGUUAAAGUGUUUUGUUUUGCGAUAAAAAGUGAGGUUUGAUUUUUUCACUAUGAAAAGACUUAAGUGCAGUGUACUCCAUAUUUUUAACUUGAAUGGAGAAUAUGUGACUGCUCUGCUUCUUGUUGGAAGUUUAAGUGCACAAAAAUCAAUUUUUCAUGUC